ACUUUUAGCUCUUUGUUUUCUUCAGUAGACAUUAGACUUUUAUAUCAGAAAUCUCACACAGAUCUCAAAGUUCGAGAGCUUUUAAAUAGUUAAAAGUAGCUAUUUGCACUUCGUAGCCUUAGAAUCAAUCAACUUGUCUCAAUAUCAACUUGCUCAAGUGUUCGCUUAUCAAAUAAUUACCGAUUGCCAUACGGAACGAAAAUGUCUUGUGAGAAAUUUGAUCUUGCCCGAGUUCAACAAUGCUUCGAAGAGUGUUUGCACGAAGAGGAAGACGUUCAAAUUGAAGCUUACAUCAAAGGAUAUCUCGAAUUAUACAAAUUUUUCACUGCCAUGGGAACAGUUUUCGGAUUCGUUUCGAGCGACAUAAAGUCAAAAAUUGACAUCCUCGAGGAGUUACGGAAAAUGGAAAUGGAGAAAUAUUUCUCCGUUAAGACGAUGAUGAUGCAUGAACGAGACUCGGAUUUGCUUGAAAAGAAAAAUUUCGUCUCCGGAAGUCGAACGCUCUUGCGUCUACAUCGCGGAUUAGAUUUCUUGCGAGAUUUCCUUCGAAGACUCUCCGAACUCGAUGGCGAAGAAAAUACAUGUGCAGCCUGUAGAACGGCAUACAACGAGACUUUGGCCCAUUUUCAUCCAUGGUUGAUCCAAAAGGGAGCUGUGAUGGCGAUGUACGCAAUGCCCACGAAAAACAAUUUGCUCAACAAAGUUUGUGCGGAUCCCGAAAAGGCAGUUUUGAUUCUUCCUGACAUGUUACAAGUCACGGAUCAAGUGUACGAUCGCGUUCAUGAACUUUAUACAGUGCACGAUUUGCAUAGUUUGCCUUAAGAUGUCAAAAAAUUGAUUUUGAAUCGAUAUUUUUAAGCUUUAAUGUACAUUUUUUUCGCUUUUUAGUACGUAAGAAUCACAUUCCCGACACAUUUUAAUUAGUUUGUCGUUAAAAUCCAAAAAAUUAUAUCAAUUUAAUUGUGUUUAUCGAAUAAGGAACAAAGAUUGUCUCAAUUGUUGAGUAGAAUGUAGCCAAAUUAUUAACAAAAAAUCAUUGUGAAGCAUUUAAAACUGAUUUUUUUUA